UCCUGUCUGGCUUGGGACCGAGAGCCUUCGCUCACCCUGAGGGGCGCAGGGAGAAAAGUCCGGGUAGUGCGGCCUGAGUGGAGAUAUGGCGGCGGAAAACUCAGAUUGGGUGGAAAUUAUUGAACCCCGUUCUAGAGAACGAAUGUAUGUUAAUUUGACAACUGGAGAGUGUGGUUGGGAUCCACCACCCAAUCUCAGAGUUCGGCAAUCUGAUGAAAACCAGUGGUGGGAACUCUUUGAUCAAAACAACAAUCGCUUCUAUUAUUACAAUGCCAUCACUCAGCAGACUGUGUGGCACAGGCCCCAGGGCUGUGACAUUGUGCCACUAGCUCGGCUCCAAGCCAUGAAACGUAAUUCCCAGUCUGAGUUCGGGACAUCACAGCACAGGAACAGUACAAGUAGUGAGGGACGAAAUACUCCUAUCCAGAUAACUCUUCUACAGGAUGUGGAGAAGAGUAAAGACAACAUCAGUCUUGAGAAGAGGCCAGAAACUGAAAGAGAUACCCUUACAAGUUGGCAGCCUUUGCCAGGGACUAAAGCAGCCAUGCUGGUCAAAGUUAAUAGCCUAAGACAAGUAAAUUCUUCCUCAAGCAAUUCCUUUCAGAUGCAAAACAAUUCAGAAAUCAACAGCCAGGAAUCAAUGAAUCCCAAAGCAGUUGUAUAUGCUCAGUCUCAGUCUAUGGUCCCAAACUCAUUAACUCCGAAAUCUACCACUCCAGUAGAGAUGAAGCGUUCCAUGAAAAUUAAAAAGACAGAGAACGGAGGAUUUUGUCUGGUAUUAACUAAUGGGCAUACUCCUCAGCCUCCCUCAGGAAAUCAGUUACAAAAAUUGCCUGCAUGUCCCAAAUAUGCUUCUCCGCCUCCUGUAUAUGAUGAACCAUCAAUUGACUCUCCAAUUUAUGAUGAACCUCCUACAGAUAUGGACAUUAGAGUCACAAAUAUGAAUGGGACAACUCCACAAUUGUCUCCAAGCAAUAGCUUAAAUAAGAAGAUGCAGCCAAUUAAAUUAUUACAGCCUCCAAGUAUACAGCAACACCAGGGUGGAAAAAAGCAUUUGAGAAACCCUUCUACAACAGAAUAUAGCCCUGUGGGAAAAGAAUAUAUUAAACACAUGGUCAACAUUGACCAGUCAUCCCAAAAAACUCAUUCUACCACCAUGAUAAUUGAUGGCAUCGAUAAAUCCCAGUUGGGUCAGCUUAGCUCUAGGGAGAGCUUCAAGCAGUCUUGGAAAGUCGUAGAAGCUAAUGUUCUUAAAAAUAUGGAAGUCCAUAAUAGCCGGCAGAGCAGUCUUCAGGCUCAAGAAUAUCCCACAGUGAUAAGUCAGCAAGACUCUGGCUAUUCAACAGGUCCUUCUCCAAGUUUAAGAAAGAGAAAAGGAAGACGACAUGCUCCAGGCCUGGGAAGACCUGGUUCUGUAGGCAGCAAUAGCGAACUUACUGUGCUGAAUGACAAGCUUAUUGCAGAAAUGCGUGCAGUGGUGAAUAGAUCUGCUGCCUACAGGGGGAGCAAAGGUAGUUUAGAUGCAGAAAUGCUAGACAACACGAGUAUGCCAGAGGGUAAUAAAAUUAAGUUUCAAUCAGACUAUUUUAAAAAGUGUAACAGCAGGAACUCAAGAGAUGAUCUUACAUCUAGUAACAGGUCAUUAUAUAGGCCUACAAUGGAGGGUAAAGGCAGCCUCUCAAAUGAUCCAGCAAUACAGCAAGAUGUGGUGAGACAGAAGAGAACUUACGAAAAAAUAGAUUCUUUAGAAAAGAAUGUGUCCAGCCUGAUAAACCCAUCAUCAUCAGACACAGCACAAUUAUCAACACAGUGCGGAACAAUAGGGUCUCAUUCUCAAGAAGAGAACAACGUUCAAUCUGGAACCAACGUCGGAUAUCAGUUUCCCUUCCACACCAUACGAAAGCCCAUCUCCCAAAGCAGCAUGACUGACUGGGCUUCCAAAAAUCUUAAUAUGCAUACUCAGGGUAUCUUUCGGCGGAGGCUCUCCAUUGCCAACAUGUUGUCUUGGAAUGGUGGCUCCAUCAAAAAGCCAAUGCUUAUCACCAGUAACGACACCAUCAAAAAGGAAGCUUGUGAAAUAUUUAAACUGACACAAAUCUAUAUGGGUGACCGGCAAGCCAGAAUGGACCGCAAUAAUGUGGCUUUGAUAACCAUCACCAAAUGCUGGAGUAUUCAAGGUUUACGGGAUGAACUAUACAUUCAGCUAAUCAGACAAACAACAGACAAUAUGUGCUACCAAAGUCUGGCACGGGGCUGGGAACUUAUGGCAAUUAGUCUUGCCUUUUUCUCCCCAUCACCCAAAUUUCAAUCUUACUUGGAAGGUUACAUCUAUCGUCACCUCAGCCAAAUUGCAGAUGAAAAUAUUACCCAACGCAUUAAGGAACUUCUGGAUCUGAAAAACAAAAAGAGCUCAAAAUCCAGGAAAAAGAGAAAACAAAGCACAGAGGAUGAAGGUCUACCAAUCAGUACUUAUGCCAGGUAUUGUUACCGAAAGCUGCAAAAAGUAGCAAUCACUGGAGGCAAAAAAGGUCUUCGGAAGCCUACAGUUGAGGAGAUAAUUCAUGCCAAAAAUGCUAUUGUGACACCUUCAUUGUUUGGCAGCUCAUUGGAAGAAAUCAUGUCAAGGCAGCAGGAUAUGUAUCCAGAUAACAAGCUGCCCUGGGUACAAACACAGUUGUCUCAGCAAGUACUGCGACUCGGGGGAGAACAGACUGAGGGAAUAUUUAGAAUUCCUGGUGAUAUUGAUGAAGUCAAUGCUCUAAAGCUACAGGUGGAUCAGUGGAAGAUUCCUAACAACCUUAGUGACCCCAAUAUACCAGCUUCUUUGCUAAAGCUGUGGUACCGGGAACUGGAAGAGCCUGUCAUCCCGCAACAAUUCUACAAGGAAUGUGUCAGCAACUAUGAGAAUCCUGAUGCUGCAGUGGCUGUAGUUGAACUUCUGCCAGAGCUCAAUAAAUUGGUCUUAUGUUACCUCAUCCACUUUUUACAGAUUUUUGCCCAGCCAAUCAAUGUAGGCAAAACCAAGAUGGAUGUAAACAACUUGGCUAUGGUGAUGGCUCCAAAUUGUCUACGAUGCCAGUCUGAUGACCCCAGAAUCAUCUUUGAAAAUACCCGCAAAGAGAUGUCUUUCCUGCGCAUGCUGAUUGUGCACUUGGACACCAGUUUUAUCAAAGGAGUUAUGUGAAGGAUUGGUUUCUGGCAAGACAGUGCAAAAAGAGCAAUUAGUUGGCUCCAGCAUUUCCUUUUUGGAGCCUCACAUUGUUUCCUCUAGAGUUUCCAUGAUUCUACAGUGCUUUGUGAUGCUUUUAUUUACUUAUGCUGAUAGUAAGUUUGAUGAAUCUUCAACAAUCCCCAAAUGAUUCAAAUCAGAGACCAUACUAGAAAGAGUUUUGAGAAACCAGAGAGCAAAAUGUUAGAUCAUGCUCUGGGCCAGUCCUAAGACCUGCAGUAGUUGUUUCCAGCAGCUCUGUGUAUGCAAAGCCCAAAUGUUAUAUUGCUUGCACUUCACUGAGGAAUCUUAGUGAAAUUAAAAGUGGAAUUGUCUGUUGGAAGCAAACUGUUUGCAGAUACUGGGAUUUACUUCUGUCACCUGAAGAUUCAAUACUUCACUAGACAUGUCUCAUGUCUCAGGUAAGAUUGUUACUUCAGGCUGAUUUUGUUUGGUUCUGCCAUUCAGAUCGCUGACUGCUUUCUUCUCAACAGCUUCUCUAGUAUGUUUUCUGCUUUUCAAGGACAAUUCUCUUACCAAAAAGAAGUUUUGAAGAAGUAGAUAAGUUGUAGCUUGUGAGACAGGAUGACUAUUGCUAUGCCUCAGGAUAUCUACUACUAAAAUUCCAAGCGUCAAUAUUGUGCAGAAAUGAAAUCUUGAGUUGAAUUUUGGUACAUAACAAAAUAGCAAGAAAGUGAAACUGUAUAUUUCCCUUGUUUUGCCUACAGUGAUUUGGGAAGAGACUGUUUAAAUCGUUAAGUCACUUUUAGCUUAAGUUUACUCCUAUAUUGUUUGGAUUAGAUGAUUCAAACUCAAGAAAUCUUUCAAAAUCACUGCAAUCAAAGUAACUUGUGGUUGGGAUUUCUCCAGAAUGGAGAUUUAUCCAGUAGGAUAAGCUGCAGUGAUUAUGGCCUCUUCAGCAUAAACUAAAAUCAGGUACUGAGGUGCUAUAAAGCCUUUUAGAGGAAACAUGAAUAACUACUUAAAGGUUCCUGUCAAUGUCAAGAUUUUGUGUUCUAUUUCCCAUUCAGCCUAAUCUAAACAGACAACUAGAAGCAUCAAUUAUCUUUUAAAACAUUGGAUUAAAGGAAGCUGUAAGGUGGAGAGAUUUAAGUGAAUAAAAAGUGCAGGAUUGGAAAAAAUUAGCUGUUCUUCCCUUUAUCACUUUCUAAAUAUCCUCAGUGUGCUGUUAGAUGCAGAAUGAAAGAGGGAAAGCCAAAUUAUAUCUGUUUUGUUUUCUCUCUGACCAGUAGCAAUUUCAAAAAUAUAAUUUGAGUUGAGACUACAGUACAUAGAGGAAAAUAUAUGUUUCCCAGUUCUCCAGUCAAAAUCAAAUCCCUACUAUCUCCCACAACUGCAUAUUAAAUAAAAAAAAUUGAGAGCUCCAAAUACAAAUUUCUCACAUCAUGCAUUAUAACUAUUAAAUGGUAUAACGCUGUCUUACUCUGGAUUUCAUUCUAUUCUUGCCUAAACAUCUCAGAAAGGCUGCUGUUCUCUUUGUUCUUUCAGUCCCUGGAACACAUGCUGAAUAGGAGGAGGACUGGUGCUUCAGUUCUGCUUCUUUGUUUUGUUCUUAUACUGCAAACACAUCCCAGAAUCCAAAGCCUUCAGUGUUCCUUUAUGUCAUUUUGGAAGUGAGUGUAAUUCUUUCAUCGAUCUUCUGGACAGAAUAACAGACUUGAAUUUUUUGGAAAGAAAGUGGGAAUGGUCAAGGAAAUAAUGUUAUGGAAAAACAAAAAUCAACUUUGUUAAUUUUUACAAGUUGGUGCUAAGAGCAAUUCCUGUGCCAGUAAGAAUGGGAUUUGUCCUAGACGUAUUAGUAUUUCCAAGUCACUGGUUAGUAUGAUCUAACUGGGUAAAGAAAUAUAUA